GGACGGGAUAGUUUGGGUUUGUCUAUCCGCGUGGUGGAGCUUUGAGGCUUUAUUAAGACGACAUGUUGUCGUCAUACUUUUCACUCGGUCCAGCGUCGAAUCGAUGACGUCACACGGCGGAGCGGCGGCGCUCGAGUGCAUUGUCCUCUUCCUCGCCGAGAUAUGCGCCGGCGGAGAGGAGAACCGCUGGGACACCGCGCGCCGAUUCAUGGACUUCGCCCGGCGACUCGAGUGCAUCGUCCACCGCCUCGCGCGCGAGCCUGAGUUGCUGUCCUCCCCGGCCGUCCGCACCGCUCUGGGGGGCGUCGCCGCUGAUCUCGACGCUGCUCGACCCACUAUAUCUGUUUACCGCACCCGGAGUCCAAUUUACAUCCUGAUCCACUGCGUUCCCCUCUUCGAGGUCCUAAGCAGCCGCGCGACCUCCAUCGCCGCCUGGCUUGCCCUCCUCGAUGCUCCGCUAUCCACCCUCCCUGACCUCAGCAAAAAGGUUUCAGACCUCUCCCGGGACAUGGACCAGCCACAUCACAAGGUCACAGACACCGAGGAGAGGGUUUAUGCAGGCCUCCAAAGGGUUGCGGCGGAUGCGAAGCAGAGCUCCAAGGCGGUGUUGAGUGCUACUGUCAUGGACCUCGCCCGCGCCCUCGGGAUUGAUCCGACCGAUCACACGAAGCUAGGAGAGCAAAUCAAACUUCUGAAGGUGGAUCUGUCCGGCCUGAGCUCAGUGGCAGAGCGGCGGAUCUUGGUCUCCCUUGAGAAGACGCUUCAUGACUGGUCGAGGGAGCCAAGCCUUGCGGGCGGUUUGGUCGUUAGUAGCUUCGAGGAAGAAGCGCAGAUUUCGCCCUUCAAUAACUUCCUUUGCCCUCUGACGAAGGAGGUGAUGAAGGAUCCAGUAGUCAUAGAGUCUUCCCAGACGUACGAGCGUGCUGCAAUCCGUCAUUGGCUUGACCGUUGCUCGGAAGAUGAGCGUGAUCCAACAUGUCCUGUCACCGGGCUGAUACUACAGUCGCUAGAGCUGAAGCCAAACAUUGGUCUGUCUGGUGCAAUCGAGGAGUGGGUUAACCGGAAUGUGGAAAUCCAGAUUAAAUUAGCGUUGCAGUAUCUCGGAGAAGAAACUUCAUGCCCUGUCGAGCGCAUAGAGAUGGUGCUGGAUAACGUAUAUAGGAUCUCUGAGGAGCACCCUGCAUACCGAUAUAAGGUGAGGAAUUCUGGCAUCGUCAAUCUACUGGUGAGGCAGUUGAAGGACCAGUCAAGUAAGAUUGGCUCAGAGUUGAGGGGGAAAACACUGAUGGUGAUGCUUAGCAUGGUGAAAGAUGGUGAAAGUAAGCAAAUCAUGCUUGAAGAGGGUAUAAUUAAACUGGUAAUUCGUAGCCUCAUUGGGCGGUCAGAAAUGGAAAAGGAGUACGCUUUGAAGCUAUUGCUUGAAUUCUCUAAUGAACUUGAUUAUUGCACCAAAAUAGCACUGGAGAAAGGGGCUUUAGUUCUUCUGUCAAGCAUAGCUGAAAAUCCAGAUUAUCCCACAUUAUCAAAUUUGGCUGAAGAAGUACUAGCAAACCUUGAAAAGGUUGAGGACAAUGUUCAGCAUUUAGCUAUGGCUGGAAGAUUUCAACCAUUAGUGACUAGAUUGUGCAGUGGGGCUGAAGAUAUUAAACUGGAGACGGCAACUCUCCUUGGAAAAAUGAGUUUAACAAACAUCGGCAAAGAUUACAUUACUAGACAAGGAGGUCAAAUCCUGGUAGAUAUGCUCUCGUGCAGUCAAGAGCAGAAGAAAUCUAGCUUACAUGCCUUGGUUAACUUGUCAACACUGGAUGAAAGUGCUGCUAUACUAGUAGAUUUUGGCAUUCUUCCAGCACUUACAAAUAUCCUUUUUUCAAAGCAGCAAGAUUUUUUUACUGAGACCAAUGAAUUGGCAGCAUCAACUAUCGCUAACAUUGUCUCCAAAUCUGGACACUGGGAAUUUUCUUUCGCUGACAAAGAAGGACAUCAUAUGCAAUCAGAAUUCAUAAUGCAUAAACUGCUGGAUCUUCUGUCUAAUUCAUCUUGUAGAUGUCAAGCUGCUAUUCUACAUAUUCUUUGCGGAAUUGUUUCUUCUCCUCGAGCAUCAGAUAUAUCAGCUUCUUGCAUUAAAAGCAGUGAUGGAAUUAAAUCUUUAGUACAUUAUGUUGAACACCCAGAGAUUAAGCACAGAGUAUAUUCUUGUAGACUUCUAAGUUUGUUAUCCGAAAAGCUGGGGCAUGCAUUUUCGGAAGAAUUCAGAGCUUAUGUCAAGAUUGUCUCAUUGAGGAUAAAAUUGCUAGAUGCUGAUAGCUCUCCCGAGGAGACAUGCGAAAUUGCAUGCCUGCUUGCUAACCUUUCCUUCUCAGAUGAUGAAGUCAAGACAGUCCUUGGAUAUGAUCUUCUGGCAUGGACAAUAGCUAAGCUCAUAGAGCAACAAUCAAACUCUUCAGGAAGGAAUUCCAGAAGAGGCAGAAGAAUUGUGUAUGGACUGCUCGGCCUUCUAUUACAUUAUGCGAGGAGUUCUGACCUGGAGAUAAUUGCCAUAGUCCAGAAAAAUCAGAUCAUGAGCAUCUUCCUAGAACAACUGAGCAGCCACUCGCAUAGCAGAUGGAAGCACCAAGCUGCGCUUGGUCUGAAGUACCUUUCUGAGUCCAUAAGGGCCUCAGUUGCUACUGACCUUUUGGAACCUCAACUACAGCAUGGGCUUUGUUCUCCCUUCCUUUUACUAUGUGGAAGAAGAACAAUGGCUCCUAUCUUAUGCCCACUACAUGAAGCUCCAUGCGACAAAUGUAAUUCCUUUUGUUUACUAAAAGGAAAUGCAAUCAAGCCACUGAUUGAUCUCAUGGGCGACGAUAAUAUGGAUGUUCAGUUAGCUGCAGUGGAAGCACUUUCCACAGUUCUCCUAGAUGUUCAAAGCAUUAAGAAUGCGAAAGAGGAGCUAGAACAGCUUGGCGUCUUUGAUGCUAUGAUACAUUUGUUCAAAGAGGUGCGACCAGGAAAACUCCAAGAACAUGUUACACUAUUAGUGGAAAAGUUUUUCCAAGUCGAGAUGAUUGCUAUGGACUAUUCAAAUGAUCAAGGUCUUGUGAUGGCACUGAUUGGAGCUAUGAAGUAUGGGAACGCCAACACCAAGCGAUAUGCUCAGGACGCUUUGGCCAAUUUGAGAGUUCUAUCUGGUGGAAUCAAGGUGAGUUCAAAUCAAGGGAAAAAGAGAAACAGAUAAUUAUUUCUAGAAUGCAUCUUCAGGAUAACGAAAAGGAAUGAAAUUUAUCGUAUUUUAAGUUCAAGUUAGCUCAAUACAAAACAACAGCACUAGAAAUAUUCAAGUAUACAGACUUAAGAACUGUUGAUCAUAGAAGCAAUUUUGAGGAGCCUCCUUCCUGACCCUUACAUGGCUUCCUUGGCUAAGUAGACCUUUAGCAACUUUUUGUGCUGAGGUGAAGAAUCUUGACUAGCAAUGGCAGAGAACUGGGGCUUAGAGAUUUGUUGAACUGCUUCCAUGAGGGUUCUCUGCCACAAUGAUGAGUCAGUUCCAUGCCAAAUUCUUUCUGGAGACACAUGAUAAUUUGCAGAGUGCUACAGAAGAGAAAUCAACAAUUGUUUGGAUUUUGCAACGUAGUUGGAACAGACGUUCAUGUAUCUUAGAAAAGUUAACGGUUUGAGGGAGAAGGGCCAUAUGAUAUUUCAUCUCUUAAUAUUAUGAUUUUUAUAUCUGUUGAAAA